UUUUGGCUAAUAAACAGUUUUCCACAUUGUGACAUACCUGAUGGCAGUACCACUUUAUUGAAUCAUUAGUUUUAAUAACUUUGUGACAACACUUUUCUUUAGACCACAACAAUCUAUGUGAAACAUUAAUUUACAAAAGCCGUUGCAGACAAUAUAAUUUUCGUCUGUGAUUAUACUAUCGCACUUAUAGCAGGAGCGAUCCGAUGGAUCGUCCCACUAUCCGACAUCUUGCUAGGCUUAUAAAGUCCUAUUUCCAAGAAAUACACAUAUUCUAACAGAUUCUCACCUUUCAUGACUAAUGAGUAAUAAUCAAACAUUCAAUCGCCCCCUCGUAUAACAAUAAGUGGUCAACGCACAACUUGUAACGUGACUUGAGCGUGUAAACUAGCUGCGUGUGGUGAUUUCAGGUCGGUGAUCGCCGAUCGGGUCUAUAUUCACAGUAAACCCUGGCCCAUUGUGAUUUCCUGCAUUGAUAUUUUUCAACUGCUUCGUGUGUGUUGUGCUUGUGUUGUUGAAAGUAAGCCAGUAGGUAGCUAGAUAUGUCAUUAGCAGGAAGAACUUCGAAUCGUUACCAGUACGAAAUACGAAUUGAGUGAAUUGAUGAAAAUAUAAAUUUACGCGCUACUGUAUAGUUCAGUUUUAAAAUCUCAAUAACAUUUUGGUUGUAGAUAAUAUAAUAUGUUUUUGAUACAUUGAGAUGCAUGGUAAGAGAAAAUGAUUCUAAGGAAGCAUGUACACCAAAAUCGAGAAUGAAAAUUUGAUUAUACAAAUAUUGACAAAGUUGAUUUUAUAUAACCUCAUAUACUUCAUCGGAUAUAUGAACUGGUCCCUAACAUGGAUUCUCAUACCGGCAAUACUUGGUAUUAUCGCUGAUCAGAAAAAACUAAGAAUAUGGAAAAGAUCGUACUUUGCAAGGAAGGCAUGUAGUGGCAACGAGAAGGAUGUGAUUUUGGAAACCAUGAAAGAAUUACCUGCAUGGGUACUUUUCCCUGAUGUUGAAAGAGCUGAAUGGCUUAACAAGAUUAUAAAGCAAUUCUGGCCAUUUGUCAAUUUUUUCACCAAAGACAUGUUAACGAAUUUUGUCGAGGCCAAGUUGAGAAAAAAUUUGGAGAAAUAUUCGUUGAAAGGUUUCCAUUUCGAAAGAAUUGUUUUAGGAAGUAUGCCCUUCAGAUUAGGAGGUAUCAUAGUAUACGAGAACGUGUGCAGAGAUGAAGUAGUAAUUGAUAUCGAUGUUUCAUAUGCUGGUGACUGUGACGUGAAAUUUCGCUUGAGAGGUCUUCUAGGAGGGAUCAAGAAUUUCCAGCUUUAUGGAAAAUUAAGAGUUGUUUUGAAACCUCUAAUCCGGAAGCUUCCACUAGUUGGUGGGCUAGAAGUUUUCUUCUUGAAUAAACCAGAUAUCGACUUUGAAUUAGACGGAAUAGCAGGAAUUCUGGAUAUACCAGGAAUCAAUGAAUCAUUGAGGAAAUGUGUAAGUGCUACAGUAUCAUCCCUCAUGGUGCUACCAAAUAGAUUUCCGGUCAAAUUCAGCAAAGAAGUUAGCAGUGAUAAAUUAAAAACGCCUCAUCCCGCUGGAGUUCUGAGAGUACACGUCAUUGAAGCUAAAAAUCUUCUAAGAAAAGAUCUAACCAUAACUGGCAAAGGAAAAUCUGAUCCUUAUGCUAUCCUUGUAGUAGGCGAUCAGACUUCAAGAACAGAAACCAUAUCUUGUACUGUCAAUCCAAAGUGGGAUUAUUGGUGUGAGUUCAUCAUUCUAGAAUUUACUGGCCAAGAAAUUCAUGUCACCCUAUGGGAUGAAGAUGCAACUGAAGAUGAGUUCUUAGGAAGGGUAAACAUUGACAUAUCGCGGUUGAUAAAAGCUGGCCAGAGUGACUUGUGGUUGACUCUGGAUGACGUGAAACAUGGAAAAAUCCACCUCCGUUCAACAUGGAUGACUAUGACAACAGAUUAUGGGAAUUUGCAGGCAGCUCUUUACGAACGACAGCAGCUUCAACUUGCUCACAUGAGUUCAGCACUGCUCAUAGUGUAUAUCGACUCUGCCACCAACUUGAGGCAAGUGAGGUCCUCAACGAAACCAGAUCCCUUCAUACAGCUCCACCUAGGAAGACAAAUGAAAUGCACAAAUGUCAUGAUGAGGACCGUAAAUCCAGUAUGGGAAGAAGGAUUCAUCUUCUUGGUGGGAAAUCCGGAUUCCGAUUACCUAGUCUUGAAAAUUAUCGAUUCAAAAACUGAAGCUGAACUAAACGAAAUUACAUACAGGAUAGGCCAGCUGAGCAAUGAAGAAAAUUUGGAAAUAACGAAUGAAUCUAUGAGACUAGAGAGUGGCAAGAAUGAUUCAAAGUUGAUAUGGUCGCUACAUCUGAAGAUUUUCCAGAACGAAAAUUACCAGGAAUACCUGGAAAGAAGACCAUCCCUAAGUUCGGUCUCAAGUAUAGAUACUUUGGAGAAGGAAUGCUCAGACAGUUCUAUAUCAAGUAGUAGCUCAAGACCUUCGAUUGAUGAUUUUGAGAGGACAAAAGAUUCCGCCAGAUCUUCGAGUAGAUCCAACAAUAGCAAUAGAGUUUUUCAUGAGAACUUGGGGGAAGUUAACCUGACAUUGAAGUACAACGUUUACAGGCAAAGGCUGAUUGUCUUAAUACAUUCGGUCAGUAACCUUCAUUUUGAAGAACCAAAUGAAGAAAAGGAUAUUUAUGUCAAAGUGUAUUUACUACCAGAGAGAAUCAAGGCCAACAAACAGAAAACAAAGGUUAUAAAGGGGUGUAAAGAACCGGUAUUCGAGAAAGAAUUAGAAUUUUUGUUGUCUCAAGAUGAGCUCGAUUCCAAAUAUUUGGAAAUAACUGUGAUAGAAGAGAAGAUGAUAAAGAAUGAAAUUCUAGGACAGGUGAACAUUCUGCUCAAAGAUCUUGAUCCUCCAUAUACAGGCAGCUUCAAUUUAAAUCCACGAAUCAAGAGCGAUUAAUUUCACAAUAUAAGGACUGUUCCUUUGUAUUGCUGAACUUGCUGAAGUUGAUUUUUUCCCAUAGUUGUCUCUGUUCAUGGCAUAAUGUAAACAGAGAAAGUCAUAGAAAAAAGCUUUAGCAGGUACAGCAAACACAAACGAACAUGCCAAUACAAUGAAAGAUGUAUAAAAUAUCGAUAGCAUUGCGGCUAUCAAUAAACUGAUGAAGAGUUCACAGUUACCAAGACAUUUCUGAUACAAAAAGAAGCUCAUAUGAUGAAAUAUUAGUACCAAUGUAGACUAUAAUUUUAGUUAUUUAUUAUUAUAUUAUAUAUUAUAAUAUAUAUUUAGUUGGUUAAUAUUAUUUCUCAUUGGUGCCGGGAGAAGUCCAACAAAGACUAUCCACACUUAUAAAAAAAAAAUGAAUUAAGGUUUUUC